AUGAAGUUCAGAGCGAAAAAAAGCCAGGAAGAGGAGCAGCCCCCAGGAUUUGACCUGGCCAUGAAAAACACCGAGCUGAAGGAGGAGAUAAAAGAGCUGAAAGAAAAACAGAACUCUCUUCUAAGAGAGUCUCUUAAACACCAGUAUCUGUGCUAUAGAAUGAAGACAGAGUCAGAGAAAAUACUCCAGGAGCAGAAGGCGUCUCUCUCCUCCAUCCUGGAAAAAGUAGAGCAGGGCUUAAAGCUUCUGAAGGAAGAAGAGAGCGGAGACACCAAGGCUCCUAAAACACGAAUGACCGUGCUCAAGGAAAAUCCAAAACAAAAGAAUAAACUCCACACGGAAUAA